CGCAUCGCAUCGCAUCGCAUAUCCCCAGUUUAAUUCAACGCAAUUCCUCCCUACCUACCUACCUACCUACCUUCUCAAUCUCUACUACCUACAUAUCCACGCCUCUCUCUACAACAACAACAACAACACCACCCACCCAGAAAUACACAAUGUCAACAACAACAACAACAACAACAACAACCACACCCUCAAAACGCAAAUCCUCCUCCUCCACCCCCAAAACCAUCCACUUCACCUCGCGCACACCAACAUGGACAUAUCUCAAACUCCAAUUAAUAAAUAACCCCCCCACCUCCACAACAUCCACACCCCUCGACCCCGUCACAGCCCGAACCUACCUCUCCGCCGCACUCUCCCAAUUCCUCGGAUUAACGGGAACAUCUAUCCCCAUUGAUAUACUCAAGAUAUCGCCGCCGUCGUCAUCAUCAACAUCUACUGGGGGAAAAGCAGGAGGAGGAGGAGGAGGAGGAGCGGGGUUAGGAAGCACAGUAUGGACACGCGUGCCGCGCGAGGAUGCGGCGGCGGUUGUGGCGGCGCUGAGUUCGUGGAUUGGAGGGAGUGCGAAUGCAUCAGGUGGUGGUGGUAGUGGUGAUGUGGGAGGAGGAGGGGGGAGCGUGGCGUGGAGGGUCUGUGCGAAGGGGAAUUAUCUCGGGGCGUUGGUUAAUGGGGGUGGGGGGGAGGUGUUCAUUCCUUGA